UCUUCACAGACUGCGCGCGAGCGUGCUCUGCAUUUGGAAGCCGGUAGGUGUAACGAUGACUACCAAGCUGCUUCCCCGGCGUAAGCUUUCAAGGAUACUAAUGUUGCCGUGUUCGUCUUCGUCUUCUUCCUCUUUCACUUCUGCUCCUGCCCUCUGGAUUUUCAUCGGCGAUGAUUCUCGAGGCCCUGCCGCCAUUGAUUAUAGGGAAUGUGGACUAGUCUCUUAAUAAUGGUUUUUAACCUUGUGGGAAGAGAAACUAUGCGCGAGAUUCGAAAUCUUGAAAAGAAACGGAAGUUUGAAUAUGGUGAUAAUCUCCGAAUUAGUGGCUUUAACGUGGACUAUGGGGUAAUGACCUUAAGGCUUGGGGAUCUUGGCACUUACGUCUUGAACAAACAAACGCCAAACAGACAAAUUUGGCUAUCUUCCCCUUUGAGGUAUGAAUUAUGCUUCACAUUAAAUAGAAUCUACAAUGUUUAUCCUUUCCAUUUGUAUCAAAGAUAAUUUUAGGCCUUGUCCCUGUUUCCAUUUCAUGACAAAGUUCCAUUGAUACAUGCAUGUGUGGUGUCACAAUCAUACUUCUCUUGAUAAUCAAAUUUGGCGAUUGUAUGACACUCACUCUCAGCACAGAGUGAGUCAAGCCAACUUAGAAUUGUGUCGCCUACGGCUGAGUAACGUAUGCUCAAGCCUCUACCCCGUUUUGAAAAACGAGGUAGAGAGAUUUUGAAAGCAAGAUUGAGAGAGAGAUGAAAACAAUGUUAUAUGACUACAAACAAAAGACAACACAAGAGCUUAAAUAACAUAAUUUUCUAGGUAGGGAGAAUUUGACAAUUAGUCGCAUCCCCUAUUGUACAUUUUGAGGCAAUUCAAGUCUAGUAGGCCACGACGUGACUUUGCAGAACGGUCAUACAAAAUCUAGGUGGGAGGAAUUGACGACUGGUCGCAUCCCUUUAUAGUACAUUCUAGAGUAUUUCAUGUCUACUAGGCGUAGACAUGAUUUGCCAAACGAUCAUAAACUUACAAAAUACAAUAAAGAAACUAUACAUCAUGAAAGUAGUAAAGGAAAGUAAUAAAGUGAUACAAGCUAAGGAUUUUGGCAUGUCACUGACAUAUGGCCAUGGGCAACACGCCUUAAAAAAGUAUGACCGUGAAAUGUAUCCCCAAGAUUAACUUAUAUUAAAGCAGAAAAGAAUGGAUGAGACUACUUGAUUUUGGUCCUGGGAGAAAGAAAACCUCAAACAUAGUGGUUGGUUAUUUAUGUACUAAGACGAUGUCGUACCCAGAGCGCCAUCUUGGACGCAAAAAUUUCAAGACAAUGAUUUCAUCUAUUUGGGAAGCACAAUCUGCUUAACUCUUUGGUCCAAAGUAGAAAUAAAAUUAGAAAAGCUUAAUGAACUUGAGACAUCAAUUACAGCAGCAACGUCCAGGACACUUCCAAGCAUUAUCAGCUGGAAUGCAGAGAUUGACUUGGCUAGUCGUCCGUCGACGACAAGCUUGUCAAUCAAUUUAAUGAUGCAUGAAUGCGGUAAAUGUGGGGUGGCCUACGUUGAGGUUGAUGCUGCCAUAGGAGAAAUACUUGUUCAUGUGGGGUGGCCUAGGUUGAGCCAACCUAAACAAACUUGGUCAAACAAAACAACAAAUACUUUUUUUUUUUACUACAUUUUCCAAAUUUAAUUUACAAAAAUAACAUACUUGUCGAAAAUCCUUAAACUUCUUUUAAUUAUUGUAACUUUCACAUUUUAUGACUAUAAUUGGUCGGUAGGUAAAUGUAACCUAAUAAUAAAUAAAAAAUCUUAAAAUAUAUUAAUAAAAGACGGUAAUAUAAUCCCACUAAAUUGUGAAAGUCAUCUUAUAUUGUAUGAUUGAGCAGGAAGCCUAUUAAAGUAAACUAGGUCCAUUGUAGGCUAUCUUGGAGAAUGUUUACAACCCCCAAUAAUAGCGAUUUAAGAGGUAAGAACUUUAGUUGAAAAUGAAAUCUGUCUGAAACUAAAUGUAUGAGAGCAGCUUCAGAUGGUCCAUAACAAUGGUACAAGAAUGAUUCGAGUACCAUAACGCAAACUAACAAUAAAUUAGUCAUUUGGGAAACAUUUGGUGGAGGUUGGUACUCAAAUCGUCUCUGAUGGGAAACAAGAAGGCGGAGGUUAGUCUUUUGAAUGUACUCCUCUUGUUUUUACUAAUAUUUUCAUCCGCCGGAGACACUGCCGUUGUAUUAAAAGACAGAGAUGGAGAUUCCAUUGUUUCCGAGGGAGGAAGAUUUGAACUUGGUUUUUUCACUCCUCACGGAAGAUCAGACGCUAGAAGAUACGUCGGAAUACGGUACUACGGCUUAGAACCGGAGGUGGUUGUAUGGGUUGCCAACAGAAACCAACCACUGUCCGACAGAAAUGGAACUUUCGCCAUGGUCGGUGGGAAUCUCAAGAUAUUGGAUUCCAACAGCACUUGGUUAUGGUCCGCCCUCCAGUUCCCUUCUAAUCUAGGUACAACAAUGGAGCUGAUGGAUUCUGGGAAUUUAGUUCUCAAGGAAUUAGGCGUCAAUGGCACAACUCUGUGGCAAAGCUUCCAAAAUCCAACCGAUACAUUUCUUCCGGGCAUGAACAUGACCGACGACUUGAAGUUGACUUCUUGGAAAGCUUCAGACGACCCCUCGCCUGGGAGUUUCAGGUUUCUCAAGGAUACGGGUGGCCGGUUCAUUAUCGAGAAACAUGGUUCGCAGUAUUGGGUCAGCAAGGAACUAUGGCAAAAUUUCUCAACCGAGACUGAUGGAAUGAUUGCGGAAGUAAUAGUUUCUGCCACUAAAUACUGUCGGUGGCUGGAGGACACCGACUAUACAAGAGCAGUUAUGGAUUUCAGUGGGAAUGUACAGUACCUUGCUAGAAACAGAACGACUGGGGAAUGGGAUGUCAUCUGGUCGGAGCCGAGAAACAAAUGUAAUGUCGUAUCAGCUUGUGGGACCUUCGCUAGCUGUCGGAGUGACACUAAACAUACUUGCAGGUGCUUGCCUGGGUUUGAGCCCGCGUCCAAGGAUGAAUGGGGUUCUGGUGAUUACUCGCAUGGUUGCAAGAGAAAGUCAGAAAUUUGCAUCAAGGAAGUGGUUGAAGCUCGAGAGUUUUUUAAAUUAAAUAUGAAGAUGAAAAGGACGUCGAAUAUUGUGCAAGUAAAUGGUGAUGGGGAAUGCAAAAGUAAGUGCCUUGAAUCUUGUACAUGUAAGGCGUAUGCUGAAAUAGGAAUCAGCAGAACCAAUAUUUUGUGCGCCAUUUGGGAAGAUGACCUCCAAAGCAUUUGGGAAUAUGCAGAUGAUGGUGGUGACGUUUACGUCCGUAUCAAACGUUCUGACAUUGAGUAUAUAACGGCACUCGACUGUGAAAUAUGUGGAAGCAGUAUCGUCCCUUAUCCUCUGAGCACAGGUCCCAACUGCGGUGAUCCUAUGUAUGGUCGCUUCGAUUGUUUACUUACUUACAGCAUGUUCUACUUCCAGGCAGAAGAUGAUUCUUACGAAGUCACUAACAUCGAUCCACAAUCAAAUAUUUUUACCAUUGCAACAAACGGGUCUAUCUGUAGAGGUAAUGAUAAACAUGCAAUUCAAAAGCUACUGAAAUUAGAAAACUCGUCUACAUUCAAUGUAAAAAGUGGCUGUGACUCUGAAUUCCAUGAAAUUGAUAUUCAAUGGGAGAAACCAUUAGAGCCAAUCUGCAAUGCACAAAAGGAUUGCACGAAUUGGCAGAAUUCAUUAUGCAACUCAUCAACAGACGGAAAAAACAGGUGCUUGUGCAAUUCUUCUUUUAACUGGACUGGUACCGGCUGCCGUGAUCUUCCAGAAGAUGGUUUGAACCAGCCAGAUCCAAAGAAGAGAAAUAUCAGAGUUGGUAUCAUCGUCCCAGUGACCAUUGCUGGGUUGAUUGUUAUUUCUUACUUGGUGUUGUAUAUUUACAAUAAAAGAGGGAAGGUAGAAAACACAAAAGAGGAGCAAACAACAAGUCUUGGGGGACAUCUGGUAAUGACCCACUUGUACGAAAGUGAGAUGCGUAUCAGAGACUUCAUGGGUUCCGGGAUGUUUGGAGAAGAUGAUAGAAAAGCCAUAGAAGUACCCGUUUUCGAUUUGGAAACCAUACUCAAUGCUACAGACAACUUCUCUGAAGCAAACAAAAUUGGACGAGGAGGAUUUGGGACAGUUUACAAGGGACUUUUUCCAGGAGGACUGGAAAUUGCAAUAAAAAGACUGUCCCAAGGUUCCGCUCAAGGCUUAGAUGAGUUUAAGAAUGAAGCGAUUCUCAUCGCAAAACUUCAGCAUCGAAACCUCGUUAGACUUUUGGGCUAUUGUGUUGCAGGAGAUGAAAAAAUUUUGGUCUAUGAAUAUAUGCCCAACAAAAGCUUAGAUUUUUUUAUAUUUGAUCGAACCCUAUGUUUGCUGGUGAAUUGGGAGAUGCGGUUUAAUAUCAUCAUUGGCAUUGCUCGAGGACUAGUUUAUUUGCAUGAAGAUUCAAGGUUGAGGAUUAUUCACAGAGAUAUGAAAACAAGCAAUGUUCUGUUGGACGCAGAAAUGAAUCCUAAAAUCUCAGACUUUGGUUUGGCAAGAAUCUUUGAUGGCAAGCAAACAGAGGCAUUCACCAAGAGAGUUGUUGGAACUUACAGCUACAUGUCCCCAGAAUAUACGAUGGAUGGAUCAUUCUCAGUGAAAUCAGACGUGUUCAGUUUUGGUAUAGUUGUGCUGGAGAUUGUUAGUGGGAUAAGGAACACAGGGUUCUACCAGUCGAAAGAAGCACUGAAUCUUCUUGGAUAUGUAUGGAAGUUGUGGAGUGGAAAGAGAGCAACGGAAAUAGCAGAGGUAGCCAUGCGAGAAAGCUACAAUCCAAGUGAAGUUGUUAAAUGUGUGGCUGUGGGAUUGCUGUGUGUACAAGAAGACCCCAACGAUCGCCCCACCAUGUCAAAUGUGGCCUUUAUGCUCAGCUCCGGCAGUGAUCCUGCUUCUCUUCCAAUUCCUUAACAGCCAGCUUUCCUUGAUAAGAGAUCAACUCCUCCUACUUCUUCUACAACAACCUCUUUGGAGUCUAAGCAAGAAAAUGUAAACGAUGAUUUUAGCUUACCUGAACCCCUCGCUAACCACCUGACCCAGUAUCAAAUUUUGAUGGUUGCGGCAGAAGGUUCUGAAAUGAGAGGAGUAGCAGCCAUGAUCUUCAAAUUAUGCAUCUUGUUCUUAUUAUUACUUCCAUCCUCCGCAGAUAAUUUCAAUAUAUUAAGAGACAGUAAUGAAGAUUCUCAAGUCUCUGAUGGAGGAAGAUUUGAACUUGGAUUCUUCACACCAGAGGGAGCCUCAGAAGCCACAAGAUACGUUGGUAUAUGGUUUCAUAAUUCCAAACCGCGGAUCGUUGUGUGGGUUGCUAACAGAGACCAACCACUGUCCGACAAGAAUGGAGUUUUUGCUAUCAAAGAUGGCAAUCUCGAGGUAUUGGCAUCAAACGGCACUUCUUUAUGGUCCACCGCCCUCGAGAAAUCUCCCAAUUCAAAAAUGGAGCUGAUGGCUUCUGGGAAUUUAGUUCUCAAGGAAUUAGGCGUCAAUGGCACAACUCUGUGGCAAAGCUUCCAAAAUCCAACCGAUACAUUUCUUCCGGGCAUGAACAUGACCGACGACUUGAAGUUGACUUCUUGGAAAGCUUCAGACGACCCCUCGCCUGGGAAUUUUACGUUUCUCAAGGAUAUAAAAGGCCGCUUCGUCAUCGAGAAAAGUGGUUCGCAGUAUUGGGUCGGCAAGGAACUAUGGCAAAAUUUCUCAACCGAGACUGAUGGAAAUAUUGCUGAAGCCAUGGACUUAUUGUCAAAGAUUAGUAUCAGUGAUUUGAAGGCCACCAACUACACCGUUCGUUUUCAAAAUCAAGACUUGGAUUACAACUACACAAGAGCAGUUAUGGAUUUCAGUGGGAAGGUACAGUUCCUUGCUAGAAACAGAACGACUGGGGAAUGGGAUGUCAUCUGGUCGGAGCCGAGAAACAAAUGUGAUGUCGUAUCAGCUUGUGGGACCUUCGCUAGCUGUCGGAGUGACACUAAACAUACUUGCAGGUGCUUGCCUGGGUUUGAGCCCACGUCCAAGGAUGAAUGGGGUUCUGGUGAUUACUCACAUGGGUGCAAGAGAAAAUCAGAAAUUUGCAUCAAAGAAGUGGUUGAAACUCGAGAGUUUUUGAAAUUAAAUAUGAAGGUGAAAAGAUCGUCUAAUAUUGUGAAAGUAAAUAUUGGGGAAUGCUUAAGGAAGUGCCUUGAAUCUUGUACAUGUGAGGCGUAUGCUGAAAUAGAAGACAGCAGAGCCGAAUUUGUGUGCAUCAUUUGGGAGGAUGACCUCGAAAACAUUUGGGAAUAUGCAGAUGGUGGUGGCGACGUUCACAUUCGUAUCAAACGUUCUGACAUUGAAUUGACAGAGCUCGAUUGUGAACCAUGUGGCAGCAACAUCGUGCCUUAUCCUUUGAGUCUGAGCACAGAAUUCGACUGCGGUGUUCCUCUAUAUCGUAACUUUAGCUGCAACACUUCCGCUGGUCAGGUCCUCUUUCACACGACACAUGAUGACUACAACGUCACCAACAUGAACCCACAACUAAGAACUUUUACCAUUGCAACAAACGGGUCUAUCUGCAGAGGAAAUGAUAUAGAUGCAAUUCAAAAGCUUCUGAAACUGGAUCGCUCGUCUACAUUCAAAGUAAGCAGCGGUUGUGACUCUGAAUUCAAUGAAAUUGAUAUUCAAUGGGAGAAACCACUAGAACCAAUCUGCAAUUCGCCAAGAGGUUGCACCAAAUGGCUGAAUUCAACAUGCAAAUCAACAACAGAUGGAACAAAUACAAAUAGAUGCUUGUGCAAUCCUCCUUUAGAGUGGACUGGCAUGGGAUGCCUUAAACCAACAGAGAAUGGUUUGAAUCAGCCACGAGGAAAGCAGAGAAAUAUCAGAGUUGGCAUCAUUGUCCCAGUGACUAUUGCUGGGUUGAUUGUUCUUUCCUGCUUGGUUCUGUAUAUUUACUACAAAAGAAGGAAGGUACAAGAUAAAAAAGAGCAAAUAGGAAGCUUUUGGAGAAAUCAGGAAGCUACUCACCUGUACGAAAGUGAGAAGCGUAUCAGAGACUUCAUGGGUUCCGGGAUGUUUGGAGAAGAUGAUAGAAAAGCCAUAGAAGUACCCAUUUUUUAUUUGGAAACCAUACUCAAUGCUACAGACAACUUCUCUGAAGCAAACAAAAUUGGACAAGGAGGAUUUGGGACAGUUUACAAGGGACUUUUCCCAGGAGGACUGGAAGUUGCAAUAAAGAGACUGUCGCAGGGUUCAGCUCAAGGCAUGGAUGAGUUCAAGAAUGAGGCGAUUCUCAUCGCAAAACUUCAGCAUCGAAAUCUCGUCCGACUUUUAGGCUAUUGUGUUGCAGGAGAAGAAAAACUAUUGAUCUAUGAAUAUAUGCCCAACAAAAGCUUAGACUUCUUUAUAUUUGAUCGAACGCAAUGUUUAUUGAUGAACUGGGAGAUGCGUUUUAAUAUCAUCAUGGGCAUUGCUCGAGGACUAGUUUAUUUGCAUGAAGAUUCAAGGUUGAGGAUUAUCCACAGAGAUAUGAAAACAAGCAAUAUUCUGUUGGAUGCAGAAAUGAAUCCUAAAGUCUCAGACUUUGGUUUAGCAAGAAUCUUUGAUGCCAAUCAAAUAGAGGGAAUCACCAACAGAGUUGUUGGAACCUUCGGGUACAUGCCACCAGAAUAUGCAUUGGAUGGAUCAUUCUCAGUGAAAUCAGACGUGUUCAGUUUUGGUAUAGUUGUGUUGGAGAUUGUUAGUGGGAGAAAGAACACAGGGUUCUACCAGUCCAAAGAAGCACUGAACCUUCUUGGAUAUGUAUGGAAGUUGUGGAGAGAACACAGAGCAAUGGAGAUCGUCGAGGCGACGGUGCGAGAAAGGUGCAGUCCAAGUGAAGCUGUUAAAUGUGUGGCUGUGGGGUUGCUGUGUGUGCAAGAAGACCCUAAGGAUCGCCCCACCAUGUCAAAUGCAGUGUUUAUGCUGAGCUCUGGCAGUGAUCCUGCUUCUCUUCCAAAUCCUAAGCAGCCGGCUUUCCUUGAUAAGAGGUCCACUCCUUCUACUUCUUAUGCCACCUCUUCUUCUGAGUUUAGGCAAGAAAUUGCAAGUAAUGAUUAUAGCUUACUUGAGCCUCGCUAAGCAUGUCUUUUGUUCGUCUAAAAACAUUGAUUUAUUCUGAGAUUAAGGGAAGUUCCUUGAACACUUUACCUGUGUCCAUGAACAACCUUAGAGAGUUAUGUUCUUACCAAAUUAUGUUAGUUUAGACCGAGAAGAUGUAAAAAUAUGAAGACUAAAAAUAUGAAGUCUUUGGUGGCACUGCCGUCUUCAAAAAUCAAUAUCAAUCAAUGUUUCCAUAAA